ACAAAGCCACUUGCUUUGAAAACUGUAGGAAGAGUUGUUUGCAGACUCAAAGCACAACCAAAGGAGAAACAGCCUGAGAGAGAAGGAUCUUUAUAGACUAUCGACAGCAGAACAGAGAGACUACAAAAAAAAGAGGAUAUCAGAGCUAUGUUUACCUUGACAGAAGUGACCUUCUUCAAUGUCAGCCGGUUCCAGACUCUAAAGCCUUGGUGGGAUGUCCUAAUGGACUUCUUUGUGCUACUGAUGUUGAUGGUCUCUCUUCUCUCAGGCACUCUGUUAAUAUCUGUUGAUCAGAUGACCUGCUUGCCACUGAAUAACAAGCCAAAUGAAACCAUCGCUCCUCUGACUAUCCCUGAAACUACAGAUCAUGCUACCAGUGGUGAAUUUUCUGCCGUAAACAGUGGCCGCUCAGUCAACCUUGACUACCAGCAGUAUUUGUACAUUAGUCAUAUCUGCUAUCAGAAAGCAUUGCCUUGGUUCUCCAAGUAUUUUCCUUACCUGACACUUAUCAACUCACUGCUCUUAAUGGCAAGUAAUAACUUCUGGUUCAGGUAUCCUAAAACCUCAUCAAAGAUUGAACACUUCUUGUCCAUCCUCAGGAAAUGCUUUGAGUCACCUUGGACUACUAAAGCUCUCUCAGAAAUGGCCAGCCAGCAAUUCCUUGGCCUGUCGAAACCCUUUGAUAUUGGGAUGUGUCAAGAACAAUUCAUUUCUCCUUCAUUCUCUCCUAUUCUAGACUGGAAGGACAGAGAACAGGCACGGGCACUCUUUGAAAAAAUAUGCAGAUUUAGGACACAUACUGAAAGUGCUAACUUGAUUUACAUGGUCUAUACUGGACAGACAAUUUUCAAAGUUGCAGAGAUCCUAACUGUGCUGUGCUAUACCUCCAUCUUUGUAGGUGCCGUCUCAUUCAAGCAUAUUUGCUGGCCAGAAACAGAAAACCUCACUGGCUACUCUACUUUUCUCUGUACCCACAGCUUGGCUUUUAUUCUGCAAAAGCUGAUGGCUACUUACCUAUUCUUGGUAGUCCUCUAUGGAGUGGUGGGAACUUGCCCACUUUUGUGGCUAAUGUUGCAGCCACUGCAGAAGUAUUCCUUUAAACAAGUGCAAGAGAAGAGAGAUAUUUGUAACAUUCCAGAUGUGUAUAAUGAUUUUGCUUUCUUGCUUCAUAUGGCUGAUCAGUGUGACCAAUUGUAUUCAUGGCGGUUUACUAUCUUUCUCUCUGCUAUAAGAGAGAGUGGCCUGCUGAAUUGUAGUCUUGACGAUAAGUUGCAGCAGCAGACAUAGUUGUACCUCUAUGGUAAGAGAGCUUCUUCUGAAAGUAGAAGUAUCGAAGCUUGAAAUGAUCCCAGAAUGAAAGCUACCAGUGAUAUGAGAGCACUAACUAAGCAACACCUUUAGCAAUGUUCAUUGGUCAAGGUGGAGCCUAUUAACCAGCUAUGCUUUCAGAAAAGGGUCCAGUAUGUGCCAUAUCACAUUUUCUAACAUUACUAGCUGAAUCUCUCUGGCAACUCCUGCAAGAUGAAAGACCAGAGAUCCUGCACAAAUAGUAGUCUUCAGCCCCUUAGACAAGAUUCUUGAUGCUUUUAGAACUGGCAGUCUCAGAUCAAAAUGAAGUCACCAAAUUUCUAGCACAGCACUGAGUCCUGAGGAGAUAAUCAGCUGACUUGGUCCUUAGGUCCUCUUUUAUUUCACAGCAAGAUGCAAAUCCUUCUCAAUGCUUUUUUCACCUUAAGGAAAUUAUAAAAUCCCUAUCCGCAUCUUAAUUUCCUGUACUUUAUCCCUCUACCAUCUGGACAAUUAAAGUGUCUAUGUGGUUCUGUGAGCAAAACAAUAGCACCUGUGGCUCACUCCACAGAUCCUUGAUUGAUUGGAGAAAAACUCUUGUUGCUAAGGGCAAUUGUUAGAUUGCUGUUCCACCAGUAAUCAAGACUUCGAUUCAUCUGUCUGGGGCACAAGAAAACCAACAGGUCCCCCUCCCCUCUUACAGAAAAGGCCUGUGCACUCUAUUGAAGAUGAGUAGACUAAUUGCUGAGAAGACUGUUAUACACACAGCCAUCUCACAUGAAAAACAUUCCCUCUGAUGUCAGCUGUGUGUAAAACUUUCACUUCUCUCACUAGGAGACAGAGUAACUGAGACACUGAGACAUUUUAAUCAUGUAUCUUAGAGACUCAUUUGCAAAUCACAUGAGCUGUAAGGUUGUCUGCCUCCAGGUGAGGCUUGGGGAUGUCCUUGAAUUUACAAUUCAUUUCUAGAUUACAAUUAAGGUUAGUUUCUCUGGAGAAAAUGGCUGCUUUGGAGGGUGGACUCCAUAGAAUUCUACCCUGCUGACGUCCCUCUCUUCCUCAAUCCCCUCCUCCCCAUCAAACCUCCAGGAAUGUCUCAACCCAGAGUUUGCAGCCUUAGCUGUAAAAGACUGCCAUUUUGUAUACGGCACAGAAGCUAAUAUAACCAUUGGGGUCCCGCUUCAAACUUCAGCUAACAGAUUGUGAUUGUGACUAUGGUUUAGCAGAAAUAUCAACCAAUAACUUAACUUUUUUUGCCCCCUUUUCAAAGUAUAUACACAAGCAAUUUACCAAUAAAAUGAUGUAAAAUAUAACAUUUUCUCCAGGCCAAGUUUUCAGUUAAAAACUGCCAGAUCUUUGCCCUUUCAUCUUUGGAUCUCAGGUAGCUCUUCAAGUACUGGAAACACAUCAAAAUAAUCCACUUUUCAAACCCAAACAAAACAUUUGAAAAACGUUCCUAGGCUGCAUAUGUAAGAAUUCAAUAACGAGUUCAAAGUUAAAUAGCUUCACCUGCCCACUGUCCCAGAGGAUAAAGUUGUAUGUUUUUAAAAUGAUUAUUCACCCAUACCCAGAGGUUUGUUUUUUACCCAUGAGGUUUUAGUUGAUUUUUUCCCUAUUAUACUUUGUUAAUGUAUGGUUAUGUGAUGGAAUUAUAAAAUUAUUAACAGUUUUUAAAAAGAAAAAUGGCAACUAAAGGGAACUAUAGACGUUUAUAAAAUUAUUCAUAGGAUGAAGAAAGUAAAAAGAGAGACCUUUUUCUCUUUAUCCCCUAAUACUAGAACUUGGGGGAACCUAUUGAAGUUGAUGAGCAGUAGGUUCCAGACAUAAGAAAACAUUCCCUUACUCAAUGAGUGAUGAAACGUUAGAAUUCACUGCCAAUGCAUAUAGUGAUGGCCACAAGAACAAAUAGCUUUACAAAGGGAUUAGACAGUUCAUGGAGAAUAUGUUCAAAAACCAAAUGAAAUAUUUGAAAAAUGUUCCUAUAUAAAUGUCUACUAACCUUAGUGAGUAAAGAGAACUUCCAGAGGCAGCAAACCUCAAUUCCAGUGCCAGGAGGCUGCACCAGGAGAAG